GGUAAGGAACGAAUUCACGCUUUGUAGUGUUAAAUUUUACUUCCACAGAAGUGAAACAUUUCUAGAUAAAAAUGGCCACAAAACUAUUUUUUCCUGUUGUAGUUGCCUUAUUUACUUUUCGUAUGGCUUUAGCUGACUCUGUUCUCUGUCCUGAUCCGUCAGAUGCGAAAGAACUAGUCUACAAACAAAACGUCAAUGAACCUGCUCCCAGCUUCGGAAGAACUGAAAAAGAUUACUUUAUUCCAAAACCAGAAAAAACUGUAACUUGUAUAAUUUUAUCUGGGACUGCCACCGGAUCUAUUGCUUCUCUUGGAUUUUCGGACAAGGGCAUAAAAGUUAAAUUGGUUUCGAGCAUCAAAGAAGGAUUCGAUGGCGUGCUAGAAGUAUAUUCAAAAUAAAAUAUACAAAUUAAUGCUGUAUGUAUAUGUAAUAUCUUGUUGGCAA